AUGGAAAAAGACGAGCAUAUCGAUGAUUUCCAGGUCAUGGAAGGAGAUCAGACUUCAAUUGCGCACCUUACGGUCAACAUCUGCCGAACAAAUGUCGAUCGUCACUUUCGGAUUUGUCCCGACGACCCUGUUUUCUCAUUCGCUGCAGAACAUCGAUCAAAGUGGCAAAUUGAGCCUAAUUGUCUCAGAAACCACCUUCGGCUGAUAAGUGGUUACCGGCAAUUACCAGUCAUCUUGAUGCUUAACCCAUGCCGAAACCACUCGGGGGAUUUUCGCCAUAUGUUUGGCAAGAAUUCCGCUUUGGCGUGGCUCGAGAGAGUCUUUGAUAAGAUCGGUCUUGACAUUGAAGAUGAUGUUUCCAUAUGGGAUAUUUGGCCAAUGAUUAGCGAUGAAUGGCUGGAGAAGAUGGCACGCGACGGACGACAAGUAGAGCUCCAGAAUGCAGUACUACAAAGCUACGAGCUGGUCGGCCGAUACUUGGAAAGAUUCAGGCCACCCGCCAUAGUUGUUCUGCAGUGCUCCACAUGCUCGAAUGGAACAUCGAAAUACCCAUUUCUUGAAAAUGUGCGACAUCCUUUGGCGCAGGUUCUCUGUUCCUCAAUGGGGAAGGCCGUACAAGGAGAUUGCGAGGCGAUCAGGUAUCGUGAUUAUCAAACUUACGUGAUACCGGGUUUCCAUCCAAGUGCAAUCGAGUAUGAACAGGAUCAAAUUGAGCGAAAAAGGCUUGCCACUACUCUCGAGAGCAUCCUGUUUUCUGUUUACCAACCGUAUGUGUCCAGAAUGCCUGUAUGA